AUGAGGCGUGCACCAAAUUCUGACGAUUCUCAUCGGGAUUUUGUGAGUGCUUACUCGGGACCCUUGUUUGCCACUACCUUUGAUUUUGGCGUUCUUUGGAAUAAGGUGGAGAACGUAUGCAAAAAAAUUCUUGGUUGGACAGACUCACCGGAGUUUGUGGGGCAGACGGCCAUUCAACAGGUAGUUCGUGCGUAUACAGUUGUAUAUAGGUUGGUUUCAGUUCCUUGUUUGGACUGUCCCAAGUUGGUUCGUGGAACAAAUUCUCAACAGGACCCCAUUGAGGGCAGGAGUGAGGGGAGACAGGCACUUGUUGUGUAUUACCUAUUACGUGAAACAAUACGCAAACGAUUAUCAUCAGUAGUUACCCAUCGACUCAAGCUUUCGCUAAAAGCUGAACCACCAACUUUGCUGCAUGUAUACUUGAGUGAAUGGAAAACCUUUCUUGUCGCAGUAAAUCACCUAAAGGUGGUAUUUUCCUAUCUUCACAGCCCUUGGCAAAAACGCGAGUUGCCUUCAGAUCAACCCCUUUUACCAACAGAGGUUGUGGCGCUGGUUCAGUGGAGUGAUAUAAUAAUGUCUCCGGAAAUAUGUGGGAGUUUAACGGAGCAAAUAUUUAGUCUUAUUUCACAAGACAGGCUUCACCGAUUGGACGAGGAAUCUACCCGCCUUGUACGAGAUCUUUCACAUUCCUUAGCAAUGUUGAAUGAUCCACGACACACAGCAUAUUCUUCCUUGAUUGAAGAAUCUUACCUUGUGCAUCUACAACGUUUUUACAAGGAGAACAUUAAUCUUUUAAAGACCGGUGGUAUUUUGUCUUAUAUAGAACGAUCUCUCCUUAUCUUUGAGGAUGAAACGGAACGUGUCAAUCGACUUUUAAACAAGUGCACGAUGCUUUCUAUGCUACAACGUUUGGCUGAGGUUCUUAUUGACUCAGAAAUUCAGUACUUUAAGUCGUACUUAAGUGAAUGGAUACUCAACAACAACGGUUAUCUUUUGAACAAAAUGUAUCAAUUACUUUCGAAGAAUUCAACAGGUGUUUUGUUACUUAAGGAAACCUUUGAGAAAUCCGUAUUUGAAAAAGGAUUAGAUGAUGUUAGCAAAAAAUGUGAGGAAAGCAUGAGGUCGAACGAGAAUCUUUACAGUUCUGUUAUUGAGGAGAUUAUAUCUGUACAUAGACAUUUUGAAAAGGUAAAUGAAUCUUUUGAGGGUAAUGGAGUUCUUGAAACGGCGAUGCUUGCUGGACUUGAGAAAAUUUUGAGAGCUCUUCCUUAUCUCAGGAGUUACCAUGUUUUGGGAGAAGAAUUGGCACGCUUUGUCCACACAAAACUGAAAUCCAUCGAAUCCAGAAAAGAUUGUGAAGCUCUCGUGAAGGAGGUUGUAACUGUGUUUCAGCUUCUGCCGUCGAAGAGUUCUUUUCUGGAAUCAUAUCCGAAAUAUUUAUCUGCUAGGCUUUUAUUUGAUGCUUAUUCUGAUGAGUACGAACUUCUUGCUAUUUUGAUAAUAUCUCAAGCCAGCGAUUGUACUUCUGAGUUUGUGUACAGAUGCGAGGUGAUGCUGACGGAUGUUACGGAGAGUAGUGCCUCACUGCGAGACACGUUUGACGCAAAGUACGGAAAUACUCAUAGUACAUCUACAACGUGGUCGUUUCAACCCAGUGUUCUCACAAGUUAUUCAUGGCCAGAUGCUUCUUGUGACGUACAGCUUCCAACACCAAGAAUUUUGUUGCCUAAGCUGGAGGAAUUUCAAUUAUUUUAUUCGCAAGUCCGUCCAAAGCGGCAUAUUACUUUUGUUCCGCGAUACUCCCGUGGUUGGGUAAAGAUGAACUUGCCUAGGGGUUCGCGUAUACCGAGUAUAGAUUUAUGCGUUGGACAGUCCCAACUACUACUUACAGAAUGCUUCAAUAGUCAGACAGAAUGGCCAAUGCUAAACCUGUUACAGGCAAUGGGCGUGACGAACAAUGAAUUAUUUUUAUCUUCUCUGAAUGCUUUUGCUGGUUAUGGUAUUCUUGAAUGCUAUAAUGAAAAUGGACCAAUUGGCCUCCCUCUGAAAUCAGUCAUGGCAGGACAGUUUGUUCGCCUUGGUUCGAAUCCAGAUGUACGAAAAAGGAAGUUGAAUCUUUUUCCUUCUGAAUGGGAGGGAAGUUUUCAGGCUACUGCAGUAUCUAGUAAUGAUUUAGCUAAUGAUCCUGUGGAUGCUUCUCAUCAUAUGGUAGAUCAGUUGAAAGCUCCCGCAGUGCAAGCAACACUUGCCCGUGUGUUUAAGGCCAAUCUUGCUCUUUCGUUUUCUGGCCUUAUGGAGAAGGUUAAGGAAGAAUCUAUGCAAAAAUUUGUGCCUUCUGUUCAACAAGUAAAGGCGGCGUUGGAGUUUCUUAUAAGCCGUGGUUUCGUAAUAAGGGAUGGUUCGGAAGCGGGGCUCUUUUUGUACGUGUACUGA